UUCAGCAAUUUGACCAUGUGACUUUCUGUGGGUUCAGAUGCUAGCUUUCGAUAUUCCCGACAGUUUUAGAAAGUCAAGAUUAUAACUGAAACUGUAUUUUGCGUUUUUGACAUUAGCUACAAGUAUUAUAAGGACUUCAUUCGAGUUUCUUGUCGUGUAUGACAUACAAUAAAGUUCUCAAUCGUUUGAAAUAAGCUACAACGCUACAGUGUGUUGACAUAUUAGCUACCUAGCUAACUUGCUAGCCCAUUGGCCAGUUUAAGGGCAAAAUCAAAGAGCUACAGAUGCGGCUAAAGGAUCCCUUCUCCUUGAAAGCUGCCGACAUGACUAAGCGGACUAACAAGCCGAGGAAGCCUCGAGAUGAGGAGUCGUCGGACGAAGUUAGCGGGCUGACCUGCCAGCAUGUCAGCAAGGCAGUGGACCUGAGCUCAGUCAAGAAGGCAGUGACCUCGAGCAUGUGGUCGAUGUGUUCAGAUUGCCUGCGGGAAAGGACUAUGAUAGAUGGAGAGCCAGCCAGUGGCCACGACAUCCUCGUAUGCCUCAAGUGCGGCUUCCAGGGCUGUAGCCAGUCAGAGAGCCAGCACUCCACCAAGCACCACCAAUCCCUCCACCCUGAGUCCCACUGCAUCACCAUCAGCCUCGGCACCUGGAAGGCCUGGUGUUUUGAAUGUAAUGAAGAGCUCUCCACUCACUGCAAUAAGAAGGCUUUGGCCCAGACCCUGGACUUCCUACAAAAGCACUCUGUCAAGGCAGCCUCAGGAACAACAUCGAAAAUGAUCAAGCUUAGAGAGGAGCCCAGCGACUAUGCAGACCAGUCCAGAGGGAAGAGUCCGGUCUACAACAGCACACUGGUCCCUGUCAAAGGCAUCAACAACCUAGGAAACACCUGCUUCUUUAACGCAGUUAUGCAGAAUCUGUCCCAGACUCACAUGCUGAACGACCUGAUACAGGAUGUGAAGGAGAAGGGACACAAGCUGAAGAUCUGCCCCCCUGCCGAGUCAAAUGUGGGGGCAUUGAUGGUGACUCUGCCCAGCCCAGAGCCCCUGACCUCGUCCAUGUUCCUCUUCCUACACAGCAUGAAGGAGUCUGGGAAGGGCCCUGUCAACCCCAAGAUCCUUUUCAACCAGCUCUGCCAGAAGGCUCCACGCUUUAAGGGCUACCAGCAGCAGGACAGCCAGGAGCUGCUCCAUUACCUACUGGACUCCAUGAGAGUAGAGGAGACUAAGCGGAUCAAAGCGGGCAUUCUGAAAUCCUUCAACAACCCCACAGAGAAGACUGCAGAUGAUGAGACCAAACGCCAAGUCAAAGCAUACGGGAAGGAGGGUGUGAAGAUGAACUUUGUGGAUCGCAUCUUUGUGGGGGAGUUGACCAACACCAUCAUGUGUGAGGAGUGUGAGCAUAUCUCCACAGUGAAGGAAGCCUUUAUUGACAUCUCCCUGCCCAUCAUUGAGGAGCGGAUGUCCAAGCCGUCCAACCCGGGCAGGACGUGGAAAAUCAGUCGGGAGCAAGAAGCUCACGUCUCCCACGGUGACGAGACGCUUUCCGCAGUGCUCAAUAAGAACAGCAGGAAACUUAGCGUACAGCAGCAGCAGGGCCAGAAGUCCCCUGGCUCUGUGGAAGAGAAGGGGGCAGACAGUCCCCCGGACCACCCCGAGGAGGAGUCCCCCUCCGUAAUGGCCCAUGCUGCAGGAGGUUCCAAAAUGGCCGCCACCAGCAGCCUAUCUGAUGGCAGCGAGAAAGACUCGGGCCCUCAGGACAGCAGCAAUGACGCCGACAGUGAGGCCUCGGAGAGCGAGUGGACGCCCCGGCACUCCUCGGGCCACAGCCAUGGUGGCAGAGGGUCCACCCCUACCCAGUCUCCCACCCCUGCUACCCUGCCCGCCCUCUCCCCCAGGACCCAGCUUGGUGGUGCUGUGGAGCAGCUGGUCAGUGCAGUGCAUAAGAUGAACCUGGGCCCUGAUUCAGCGGACACACCCUCUACACACUGUCCUGAGGACCAGGGGGAGCCCCAGCCUCAACAUCCUCAACAGUCUCCUCACUCCCACCACCAGGGGGCAUUCCAGGCCCUGUCCCACAGCUAUACACCCUGCUCCAAGGAGUGCUCCGUUCAGUCCUGCCUUCACCAGUUCACCUCGGUGGAGCUUCUGAUGGGCAACAACAAGCUGUUGUGCGAGAGCUGCACGGACCGCCGGCAGAAACAACUGCGGAAGAGCACCUCAGCAGAGAAGAAGUCUGACAAGGUGUACACCAGCGCUCGCAAACAGAUGCUGAUCUCUUCGCUGCCCCCGGUGGUCACUCUGCACCUCAAACGCUUCCAUCAGGCAGGGAUGAACCUACGAAAAGUCAACCGUCACGUCAACUUCCCUCUCAUCCUGGACCUGGCUCCGUUCUGCUCGGCAUACUGCAAGAACCUGGUGGCAGGGGAGCGUGUGCUCUACAGCCUGUAUGGCAUCGUGGAACACAGUGGGUCGAUGCGCGGGGGCCACUACACAGCGUACGUAAAGGUCCGCUCGCCCCAGAGGAGAACCGAGCAGCCACAGCGCAGAAACCUGGCAGGUCCAAGGGAAGCAAGCAGUGCUACACAGGGUCAGUGGGUGUAUGUAAGUGACACCAAUGUCCAGACGGUACCAGAAUCCAGGGUCCUCAACUCUCAGGCCUACCUGCUGUUCUACGAGGAGAUGCUGUGACUGCCAGAGCACGGAGCUACCCAGAAAUCGUUGGUCUCUCAGGAGACCGGGGAAGAGGGGGAAAAAAAGAGAGAGACCUGCUUUGGGUAUACCACUCUCUAAACUUUGACUCCCAAGAGCAUGAAACAUGGCACGCACUACAUGAUGGGAUUUGUAGGCCAUCCGGGACAUGCAUUACAUUGAUGUAUACUGGACUGCUCAGCAUUGAAGGGUUACCACACUGUUCGUGUCUCGGUCCACUUACUGAACGUCCCCAUACAGUCGCUCAUACUUCUGUAGGUGAAAGAGACUGAGUGAGAAAGCGAGAGAGGGGCAGAAUAGUAUGUUUAAUUAGCACAAAUUAUACAGAAAAAAGUGCUAUGUUAUUUAUAUUUUACAGCCUGCUGUGGUGAAUACGAAUUGUAUUUUUUGUAGAACAUGCGAAUGUGUGACUAUCAUUAAAUGGUGAUUGCCAAAGAGUUUUUGGUAAAAGAAAUCAUGUAAAAUUAUGGAAAAUAUACACAAAAGACUUAAGUGCCAAAAGAAUGUGAUCUCAAACUAUUCCUGAAAGGAGAGGUCCAUAAUGGGGCAGGCCAUCCGAGUGUGUUUCAGACCAAUAACAUUACUGUGUUGGUCGGCACAGUUUUCCCCCCCAAAUCUAUUGCACCAGUGUGCAUAUUUAAAUCUCUAACCGCACGGAUACAAACACAUUGCGAUGUUUAACAAAGGGACAUUGCUACAUAUAUGAUUGCCAGCUCGCCGGACAAUAAACAGUCGUUUUCAUUUCAUUAGUCUUUUUAUCCCAUAUUUUCUGCUGUAGUUAAACUAAAGGCAGUGAAUGUGUUGAUCAAUCUUGAGAUUCAAAUGUGUCUCACCAUUUAUGUUAAUCGUUCUGCAAAUAUUUUGGGGGGGGGGGGUGAAAUGGAGAUAUUUUAUCUGUCGGUUGUUGGGACAUUGCCAAAUUAUUCUGGUCAAGUGAAGGAUUACUAUAAGUAAAGAUACGGUUUGAUUCAUUUCUUUCAAAACAAAUAAAUACUCAGUGCCUACACUCUAGGAUUAUUACGCUUCUGCAUGUUAAGAACAAAUAAUUACAGUGAACACAUAUUUGCUUACAGACAGCUUGUGUGAAAUGUAUAUGCAAAACCAUGAGAAUUUGGUGUUUUACCACAAUACUAAACCGUAUAUAGAUAUGGUGCCUCAGGCUACAGUAUUUAUCUUCAGGUGUUCUUUUCCUUCUGAAAAUGUCAUUUGAUUUCAAUAAGGAACUCGGUACACCGUUGGGUUAUGUGAAAUCAUAUAUAUAUCGAAGAGAAUAAAUCUAAUUUAUGAAAUGGGAAA